CUGGAAGAAGGAGGGAUGGGAUCCGAAAGCGGCUUGAUCUUCGCUCUUCUCUGCUGGGCGGCGGGUGAGGUGGCUGCCUACCCACCCUGGGAUUUCUCCUGGGGUGACCCGGCGAGCCGGGGGAUGCGGCCAGACCCCCACGCCUGGUCUUGGGUGGAGGACCCCCAAUCUCGAGCCAUCUCCAGCCGGCAGCCGGUGACGGUGCAGUGCCAGGAGGCUCAGCUGGUGGUGACGGUGCACAGAGACCUCUUCGGCACCGGCCGCCUGGUCAACGCGGCCGACCUGACGCUGGGGCCGGCGGCAUGCAAGCAUUCCUCGCUGAACCCCGCUCACAACACCGUCACCUUCACCGCCGGCCUCCACGAGUGCGGCAGCAUCGUCCAGAUCACACCGGAUUCCCUCAUCUACCGCACGCUCCUCAACUACGACCCCAGCCCCGCCAGCAACCCUGUCAUCAUCCGCAGCAACCCCGCUGUCAUCCCCAUCGAGUGCCACUACCCCAGGAGGGAGAACGUGACCAGCAGCGCCAUCCGACCCACCUGGGCUCCCUUCAGUUCCAUGCUGUCGGCGGAGGAGAGGCUGGUGUUCUCCCUGCGCCUCAUGAACGAGGACUGGAGUGCCGAGAGACCCUUCACCGGUUUCCAACUGGGUGACAUCCUCAACAUCCAAGCAGAGGUGGGCACUGAGAGCCACGUGCCGCUGCGGUUGUUCGUGGACAGCUGCGUGGCUGCCCUGAGCCCCGGCACCGAUUCCUCACCCCACUAUGCCAUCAUCGACUUCAACGGGUGCCUGGUUGAUGGGAGGUCGGACGACACCAGCUCUGCCUUCAUCACUCCCCGGCCCCGAGAGGACGUGCUGCGCUUCAGGAUCGACGUGUUCAGGUUCGCGGGGGACGCCAGGAACCUGAUCUACAUCACUUGCCACCUGAAGGUGACCCCAGCGGACCAAGCCCCGGACCCCCUGAACAAGGCUUGCUCCUUCAACAAAGCCAGAAACACCUGGGCACCCGUGGAAGGCACCCGGGACAUCUGCAGCUGCUGCGAGACGGGCAACUGCGAGUCCCCCGCUCUAUCCCGGAGGCUCAACCCCCUGGAACGAUGGCCCGGCCGCCGUUUCCGCCGCCACGAUGCCGACAGGAAAGAGGCCGAAGCCGACGUGGUCAUCGGCCCCGUGCUCCUCUCGAGGGACCCGGGGCCCGUGGGAGAGCGGCGGGAGGGAGGUCAAGGUGGGGUGGCGGUGUUGCCCAGCGUGGUGACAGGCCUGAUCUGCGUGGUGGCCGGCGCGGGGGUGGCCGGGGCAGUGCUGGCUGUCGGCGUGGGGCGCAGGAGGUGCACCCGUGCUUCGGUCGGUGGCCCCGGCUUCCCCUUCCGCUUCCGCUUCCCCUUCCCCUCGUCGGCUCCGGGUCUGCCCUUUCUGUGUGCCGGCCCCCGGGGCCGGGGCCGGAGGGCGUCCUGUGGCGAGAGCCCGGCGGGGGGGCCCGGCCCCAGGGUUUCUGCCCAGCUCCGGGGUCAGCGUUGCCCACCCCCCCCGGCCCCCCAGCACCGCGUUCGGCCCCAGCUCCCGCCCCAGGGCCUUCCUUCGGGCCCCGGCCCCGCGACCCCUGAGCUGGCGUUCGGGGGCUGGGAACAGGCACUCGGCCUCCGCUUCCCUGUCCCAAACAGCAGCACGGCGGCUGCUCCUGAGCCCCCAAAACACAGCCCUGAGCCCCCAGCAGCACUCGGCUCCACUCCCCAGCGCAGCCCUUCGGCUCCAUGUCAGCGGCUGGGACCGGAGCCGGCUCCCCUCGAACCAAUCCCGUACCGACCACCCGCGCCCCACCCUGCUUCGCUCCGUCCAAUCCCAGCCCGUCCUUUCAAUCCGGCCCCGCCCCGCCCUGCUCCACUCUGCCCAAUCCCAGCCCGUCCUUUCAAUCCGGCCCCGCCCCGCCCGGCUCCCCGGCCCCGCCACCCCCGUUCCCCGCAGGCCCCGAUCCCGCCGCCGCCGCUCCGGGAGGCGCGGCCCGGCCGGAGGCGGAGGGAGCCCGGUUCCCGGGCGGCCCCUCGGAAAGCUCCCAGCGGCGCGGGGUCGCUGCGAGCUGCGGCGGUUCCCGGCUCUGGAGAUCGAACGGUGACCGGGAGCGGCCUCGCUGCGGAGCCCCGACCGGGAUUGAAGCGGCGGCCUCGGAUUGGUGGAGCGGAGCCGGGAGGGGCGGGGCCGGAUUGA